GUGCUGCCCCCGAGAGCUCCCGGGCAGAAGGGGGCUGCGCUGAUCCGCUUCGAGACGACGGAAGAGGCCUCGUGGAUAGUGGAGAACCUGAACGGCAACAUCCCUCAGGGGAUGUCCGAGCCAGUGUUCGUCCAGUUCGCCCGGCCCUCGCCCGCCGGCGGCUGGGCCAAGGGCGGCGGCGGCGGGGCCAAGUUAGACGAUUGCUUUGUGAACUUCGAUUGUGCCGUGACCGAGUGUGGCGACCAGAUCGUGGCGAGGGGUCCCUCGGGGGCCGAGCACCUGGAAGCGGGCCCCCUCGGGGCCGGGGCCCGGCGGAUCUUCGUCGGCGACAUACCGCAGCAUUUUGACGACAACGCCGUGAGGGCCCUGUUCGGGCAGUACGGCAGUGUCGUGGACGUCAAGGUGCUACCGCCGAGCUGUUCCGAGGAGGGCCGCCUCCUCACCGUGUACAAGAGCGGGGCUGCUUGCAUCGAGGCGCACCAGCAAACCAGCAAGGUCCGCGUCCACUGCGGCCACAACAACCGACUUGUCGACUCGAUGCUGGUGGCUCCCGCGGGUUCACGCGAGGGCGCCGCCCUCGUGCGCUUCUCGUCCCACGCCGAGGGUCCCGAGGGUUUGAUCCAGACGCUUGUGAUGCUUUCUAUGGUAUCUCGCACCCAGGCCAAAGAGGCGUCUCGGAAUGUCGGGCCCUCCCAAGCUGGCAAGUCGGGCGAUGGGAAUGGCAGCUCUGCUGACACCGGCUGGGCGGCAGGCGUGAGUGCACCGACCGAAGUCCUGCCCCCGGCUGGCCAGUGGCAGUGGACGCCCCAGACGGGGUGGACUGAGCAGCCGGCUGGGGUGGGGCAUCCAGUAGGCCCAGGCGGGGGGCAGAGCGCAGCGCCCCAGGCGCCCGAGUCCCAGAUGUUCCUGUCGUACUACGACAGCCUCCAGCAGCCCGGUGGCGGUGUCCCGGCCCCGCAGAAAGAGCGCUACACCCGUGUCGCGCGGCUCUUGCCAGACGGAUCUCUUCCGAGUGACAUGCACAUCCUCUUGUGGGCUGGCACGUGGCCUCCGCACGACCCCCUCAUGAACCACCCGGGCGUGCCCUUCGACACGAAGCUUCUCCGGGAGCUCCUCGACGCUGGGCCCGCCCCGGCCUGGGGCAGGAACGCCGCAAAGCGCAGUAAACAUCUCGCGGGCUUCCUCGACCUCAAGAGCCACCAUGUCCGGGAUGGGGCCCGGGCGCGCGCGGUUCUGCAUGCGGUGGGCCUGCUCGCAAGGCGCAUCGAGCCCGUCAGGAACCCGCAAGAGAGAGUUCUAGAGCUCUUCGCUACAUACCUUGCCCACCGGGGCGCGGGCGCGCGCGCAGAAGUCGCCCAGCUCAGCGGGUCGGGGUUCUCUACAGCCAGUUACGAGUCUUACCUUGGAGCCGAGAAUCCGCUCCGCAGGGUUCAGGAGCAGGGCGCCCCACCAGGGCAGCAGGGGCGUCUGACUUUCGAGUCGGUUCUCCUUUCCUGGAUGCUGGACACCUCGUUCGCGCUCAGGGGGCUGGGGAACCUCGCGCAGCUCUACGGGGGCGUGGGCGCGCCCGAUGAACCCAUCCGGCGCCUGGCGGAGGCCCAGGCGCCGCUUGCUGCGGCCGUGGUGCUCCAGGACCUUCCGCAGCGUGGGGAGCUCAACAGAGUGCACCUCGCAGAGUACCUCCACAUCAUGGACUCGGGCAAGAGGCGCUUGCCCUGGACGCGCCCUGGCGUCCUCGCAUUCCUAGAGGUAGGCACCAACGCGCGCGCGGUGCUGGAGCUCACGGGCUGCGCCGCCGAGUCGGACGAGGCGGGCCUGAAGCAGCUGCAGGCUGCGGUGGCCCAGCUGUGCCCGGCGAGCGUGGUCUACAAGGGCCCGGAUGGGGAAGUCCGGUUCCCGCUGAGGUCCAGGAUCCAGUGGUGCGCAGUCCAGGCCAACGUAUGUGCCUUUCUCAAGGUGCUCCAAACGUGGGUGUGUGGGACUGCCAGGAUCCACGCCCGGGCCUCCAGGCCGUUGAGCGCGGCCCUCGCCUACAGGCUAGGUGACGACGAGGCGGAUGCCCUGAUUGGGCGCCGCUGGGCAGCGCUGAGGCAGGAGGGGCAUGCACUGGAACAGCAGGCGGGGCUGCUGGGUGGUGCCUUACCGAACGCGCAGGAGGUGCAGCGCAUCCGCUCGCCCCUGCGGUGGGCGCAGCGCGAGGGCUGCGAUGUUGAAUGGCACGCCCAGCUGGAGGGGCUCAGCGAGGACAUCAAAGAGGUCUGCGGUGGGAGCCCAGGGGCGCCCCUCUCCAUCCCUAUAGUCCUUAUGGGUGACAUCAAUAUGCAACCCGCGGCCAUGGAGGAGACCGGGGGCCGGCCAGGAGAACCCCGCCGGUGGCCGGAGUGCGUCGACUACACGUUGGGGGACCACUUCUUUAUUGAAGUGCAGGCUCCCCUGGCAGUCCACGCAGGGGGCAAGGGGUCGCAGCGGCCGCUGGGCAACCAGAUCCAGGCGGCCCUGGAAGAGGGGGGCGCGCCUGCGGACAAGGUUGCCCGCUGCCUCCAGGUCCUGGAGCCUGCUGCGAUCCAGCCGGCACCGCGCCUAGAAGGCGCGUGGCAGCCCCCGGCGGCGCCGACCACGGCCGGGCGGCCGAUGUUCACCCUCGGGGGCCUGAGCGGGGCGCGGGCGCCUGGGGCGAACGCCGGGCGUGUGACGACGAACGCCAGCUUCAUCAAGCCGAAACGCUAA